CACCGCGGUGCCACGGCCACCCCCGCCUGACCUUUGCCCUGUCCCCAGGGCGCGGUGGCCAUGGCGGUGGCGCUGGGUCCCCUGGGUGUGGCGGCCAUCGGGACCCUGCUGCUGGCCCUGCUGCUGCGGUGGCUUUGGGACGCUGUGGUCACCGUCACCCGCUUCCGGGCCACCUGCCACCAGCUACGCCUGGCCAUUCUCAGUGGCCAUCCCCGGUGGCCCAUGGUGGCUGUUCUCAGUGAGAUGCAGCGGUUGUCCCCAGUGGCCCACGGUGGCAAUCCUCUGCAGCCCACAGUGGCCGUCCUUGGUGGCACGCAGUGGCUAUCCCUGGUGGCCAGUGGUGGCCGUCCCCAAUGGCACACGGUGGCCAUCCUCAGUGACCCAUGGUGGACACCCCCAACGGCGCACGGUGGCUGUACUCCACUCUGGCUGUCCUUGGUGGCCCACAGUAGCCAUCCUUGGUGGCCCUCAUUGGCGAUUCCCAAUGGCCUGCGGUGGCCAUCCCUGGUGGCCAGUGGUGGCCAUCCCCAAUGGCCUGCAGUGGCCAUCCUCUGUGGCCUGAAGUGGCCAUCCCUGGUGGCCCAUGGUGGCAAUCCUCAGUGGCCCACAGUGGCCAUCCUCAGUGACCCACAGUGGCGAUCCCUAAUGGCCUGUGGUGGCCAUCCCUGGUGGCCUGCAGUGGCCAUCCCUGGUGGCCAGCGGUGGCCAUCCCCAACAGCCCACGGUGGCCAUCCUCAGUGGCCUGUGGUGGUUGUCCCCAGUGGCCCACAGGAUCCUCCAUGGCCUGUGGUGGCCAUCCUCCACGGCCCAUGGUGGCCAUCCUUGAUGGCCAUCAGUGGCCAUCCCCAGUGGUCCCCGGUACCCCACAGGGAGCCCAGUGAGUACAUCAAGGCCAUCCUGGAGCUGAGCACCUUGGUGGUGAGACGCCAGCACCGCCUGCUCCACCACCCAACGUGGCUCUACUGCCUCUCGGCCGACGGACGCCGCUUCGCCCGGGCCUGCGCCACCGUCCACAGCUUCACCGCCGCCGUGGUGCGGAGCCGGCGCCAGGCCCUUGACCGCCUGGGCCACCAGGCCUGGCUGGAAGGCCACCAGGGUCGGCCAAUGGACUUUAUUGACCUUCUUCUUCUCGCUAAGGACGAGGACGGCCACACCCUAUCGGAUGAGGCCAUCUCGGCCGAGGCUGACACCUUCAUGUUCGAGGGCCACGACACGACGGCCAGUGGCCUGGCGUGGCUCCUCUACAACCUGGCCCACCACCCCCAGUACCAGGAGCGGUGCCGCCAGGAGGUCCGCGAGCUCCUCAGGGGCAGGGACGUGGAGGAGAUCGAAUGGGAGGACCUGUCCCACCUGCCCUUCACCACCAUGUGCAUCAAGGAGAGUCUUCGCCUUCAUCCCCCCGUCACCGCCGUGUCCCGGCGUUGCACCGAGGACAUCGCCCUGCGGGACGGACGCGUCAUCCCCAAGGGGAUCAUCUGCCUGCUGAGCAUCUACGGGACCCACCACAACCCGGACAUCUGGCCUGACCCCCAGGUCUACAACCCGCUGAGGUUCAGCCCGGAGAACAGCCAGGGACGGUCCCCGUUGGACUUCAUCCCCUUCUCCGCUGGUCCCAGGAACUGCAUCGGGCAGAGCUUCGCCAUGGCUGAGCUGAAGGUGGUGACGGCGCUGACGGUGACACGCUUCGUCAUCCGGCCGGACACGGGGCGGCCACCGCGCCGCAAGACCGAGCUCAUCCUCCGCGCCGAGGACGGGCUCUGGCUGGUGCUGGAGCCGCUGCCGGGGGGGCCUGAGGGACACGGGGACACGGGGACAGCCCGCGUGGGGGGUGUCCCACCCCCGAGGGACAGCCGUGAAUAAACGGUGGC